AUGCCUUCAUCCUCACCCGAUAGUUCUGAGGUCUCGGUGCUAGUGCGGUUUUUCCGCUCUACGUUCGGGUUCAGGAAAACCACAGUCACUCUAGUCACCAUUCUUUCCUAUGUGUUAUCGGUUCUGGUGGCUUCAUACUUCCAAUACGAGGUCAAUCAGCCCCCUCAGCCAGAGCCAGCUAUUUUAACGAGCUCCUGGUAUGAUUUACAGCGAAUCUCCGAGAAAUUUCAUCCAUAUGACUCCCAUGCCAAUGACGAGGUGCAUGACUACAUCUUGAAAAGGACCGAGGAAUUGGCCAGUCAAAAGGCUUAUAUCUCGGUCAAUGACACGUUCGGCCAACAGAGUUUGUUCAAAGACUCUGUAUAUGUUGGUUACAAUCGGAUCGUUUCGUACGAAGAUGGAAACGUGCUAGUAAAGGUAGACGGAAAGGACACCAGUCUACCCGGGGUGUUAAUUAGUGCCCACUACGACUCCGUUCCCACUGCCUACGGUACCACUGAUGACGGUAUGGGAAUUGCGUCUAUGCUGGGAAUUUUGCAACACUUGGUGGAAAAAGCUGAUCAACCGGAGCGUACCAUCGUGUUCAACUUCAACAACAACGAGGAGGCUGGACUAUUUGGAGCGGAGACAUUUUUCAACCACGAAUGGAGCAAGUUGGUGACGCACUUUAUCAACAUGGAGGGUACUGGAACGGGAGACAGGGCAAUUCUUUUUAGAGCUACUGAUUCUGGAGUGUCAAAAUACUAUGGUGCUGCUCCCAGACCGUUUGCGAACUCUUUGUUCCAACUGGGCUUUGACAGUGGUUUGAUUCACAGUGAGACUGACUACAAGAUUUACAAGCAACACGGAUUAAGAGGACUUGAUAUUGCAUUCUACAAGCCACGGAAUUUGUACCAUACUCCCAGAGAUGGAAUCUCUGCGGUGUCCAAAGGAUCUCUUUGGCACAUGGAGUCGAGUGCUUUGGCCGCCAUGAAUGCAAUGGCCUACUCUGAUGAGCCGCUUGAUGAGGACUUGUCCCCCGCUGUUUUCUUCGACAUUUUGGGUGUAUUUUUCUUCAGUUUCCCUGUCGAAAAGGUGUAUGGAAUCACGGUUGCACUGCUGGUGGCAGUUCCUGUUGCAAUCAUAUUCUUACUCAUAAUAGUCAUUAGGCGUGGAACUUGGCACAUAAGUCUUUUGAGAGGCUGGCUGAGAGUUCCUGUUUCAUUAUUGAUUUCGUCUGUGGCUGUUUUCACCACUGGAAAGACGUUGUUGCUUUACAACCCGCUACUUCUUGCCAGCAAUUGGUUUGGGGCAUGCGUUUUGCUUACAUCCACAUUCCUCUUGAUUAAUUACUUGCUGCUGAACUUUUUCGCCUGGAUACGCCCCAUUCAUGACCAGAAGCUCGUUGCCCUUCUGGAGGUGAACGGCUUGAUUUGGUUAGCAAACAUCUACCUGGCAAUCAAGGAGAAGUCCCAUAACAACGUCGGUGGUGCUUCCUUGUUGGUUCUGUACGUUCUGACUUCUGCCAGCUCCUUGUUUGGUCUGGUGGUUAUGGCUCUGAAGUCUACCAACAGGUACAGGCCCUUGCCUAAAUCAUCACCCGUUGCUUAUGGAGCAACAGAAUCCGAAGAAGCUGCUGAGAACGGAAGUAGCAGCACUCCAGCACCCGAAGCGGAGAGCACGCCGCUUCUCUCCUCUCAAUCUAGUGCCAAAUCACAAGUUGACUCCGAGGCCGAGUUCAACCGCAAACAGUACGAGCACGCUCUUCACUCUUUCCACUACGAUUGGCUACUGCAAUUCCUGAUUGUGGCUCCACUGUCAAUUCUGGUUGUUUAUCUUACCGGGGAUCUUUUGCUCCAAGGUCUGGGAAAGACUUCUCAAGAAAGUGCUCGUCUCGGUGGUGCAACCAUGGAGUUUUUGUCGAUUUUUGCGGUUCUUCUAGGGCUUCCCGUUGUGGCUUUUGUUCACAAAUUCAACGCAAUCAUGGCUGUUUUGCUUGCUAUAACGGUGCUCACGUCUUCGGUAUUCACAGUGUUGGAGCCAUCGUAUUCCUGGAGCAGUCCCCUCAAAGUGAGAUUCGUUCAGACAAUCGAUCUUUCUGGGUCAAAGCAACCGGUGGUGAGUCUCCAGGCUCGGAGCGGCUUCAUCACGGAUGUUUUGAAUGAUAUCCCCAGCAUCAAGAACAGCGACGACGCUGUUAUAUGUGAUACGAACGCCGAUGACUCGGAAAUAUGUCAAUACGUUGGAUUGAGGCCUUGGCUCGUUGAUGGCUCAGCCAAGAAGAAUGCGUUCAACCAUUAUCUCGAUGUUGAGGUGGUUAACAGUACUGGAGACGGAAGAUUCUCGCCUUUUGAAGCGGAAAUCAAGAUCUGGGCUCAGCAAAACAGAGACUGUGUUGUUUAUUUCAACACGUCAAACUAUGAUUCGCUAGAAGCCAAAGCAGGUAACCACAAUCUCGUUUCCCCCGUGAAGCAGGUGACGAUCCACCAUGGAAAACAUGUGAAUUCGUCCACUGUCGGUGUUGACAGUGUGGUUCCUUCAGGCUACUCAAUAGACCCAGUCACUGGAGACGAAUACUUCAAGCUGUCUUCUGGUAUCGAUGAGGUUAAGCUCUAUAAGGUGGAUUGGAACAGGCCAUAUUACCACCUUGGGCUCAAGUGGAUGGUUCCCUGGGACUCGGACUCUGAGGCUGAUGGUCUGGGGAUCCAGGUGAGAUGUCUUUGGGGUGAGGCUGACGAAACCACCAUUGUUGGAGGUGAGAAAAAACGCAAGGUGCCUGCUUUCGAGGAGCUCGUGAGGUAUUCUCCCUCCAAUGUGGUGUAUUCAAAUCUUGCAAUGGGUUUUGUUGAGAUCAGAGAGUCGGUUAAUUUGUGA